GACAUGAAUCCAUGUGAAAACGGCUGGUGUGAGGAGACUAUGACCCGAUAUAGAUGUCACUGCCCUAUCGGAUUUCAAGGAAAACGAUGUCAUGAACUUGACACAAAUCGGCCUGCAACGACCCAGGAUAUUGUUGUUACCUGUGUGAAGGAUAUCACAGUAACAGUUGAGCUUGGUAUUCCGAAUAAGUCGGUAGAGUUCACCUCACCAUCAGCUGUCAAUACAGAAGUACCUGUCGUCCUAGUCUCUCAGAACUAUAAAUCGGGUGAUGAUUUCACAGUCGGGUCAACUCUCGUUGAGUACAUCUUCGCUGAUGAGAGCGGAAACCAAGCAUCUCGUUGUACCUUCAACGUCAACGUCAAUACUGUCGAUACCACCCCUCCAGAGGUACAAUCCUGCCCUUUUAACCAGACAUUCUCAGUUAUCAAAACCACCACACCAAUCGCUUGGACACCACCAACAGCCAGUGAUGCGUCUGGAAUUGCAUUCAUCGUCGCCAACUAUGAACCUGGAGUUAAUGUCUCCGUGAAUAGCCCCAUUAGCGUCAUCUAUACUGUGACCGACAACAGUGGCCUUGUAAACACAAACUGUUCUUUCAACAUCACCCUCGUAUCUGUAGAGACACAAUGGGAAUGCACGUCCUCGAAAUGCUACCACGUUAAUCAAAGGUGGCCAACUAAUUGGCAUGACGCUCACAGCUUCUGCCUGACCCUUGGACCGAUAACCACGAAUGCAGGAGACAGACAACCAUCCCUCCUAUUUGCAGAUACUGAAGAAGCGUCCCAGCUCGCCUUAAUACUCGAGACAGGUGAUAAAUUUCUAAAGUCUGCAUGGAUCAACUGUAAUGACAUGGAAACCAAUGGGAUCUUCAUGUGCGACGUGGAUGGCAAGGGAGCUGUGCAGAUUAAUUUAACCGAUUGGGCAAAAGGUCGGCCAAGCGGCUACGGAUAUGAAAAGUGUGUAGCACUGACUGGAGAAUACAAAUGGCUUGAUUUACCAUGUACUCUCUAUCUAAACACCAUCUGUCAGAUCGUCUUAUAAAAGACCGUUGGUAUUUUCCGGUCGCGAGGAAUAUUCAGGCAAAUAAUGCACUGAUUUAACCAGCCUAGAAUAACGAGUACAAGAGAAAGGCGUGUAAAGUACUGUAGAUACACUGUCGCUCAUUAAGGUGAAAUUUUGUUUUUU